CGAAAAAUGAAUCCGUGUUGACUGCGCUUUCGAUACCACAACAGCACCAACCGUUCAAUCUCGCCAACCCGACAUCCUCAACUGCUGAUAACUGUCAGGGCUUUCCGCCAGUCUUGACAGCCGUGAUCAGCCAGCCGACAAGAUGAAGUUGAACAUCUCCUACCCGGCCAAUGGGUCGCAAAAGCUCUUCGAGAUUGACGAUGAGCGCAAGCUGCGCGUCUUCAUGGAGAAGCGUAUGGGCAACGAAGUUCCCGGAGACAGUCUCGGUGAUGAGUGGAAGGGCUACAUUUUCCGCAUCACCGGCGGUAAUGACAAGCAAGGCUUUCCCAUGAAGCAGGGUGUCAUGCUCCCUACCCGUGUCAAGCUCCUCCUUUCCGAAGGCCACUCCUGCUACCGACCCCGACGUGAUGGCGAGCGCAAGCGCAAGUCCGUCCGUGGCUGCAUCGUCGGCCAGGACCUGUCUGUCCUUGCUCUGUCCAUCGUCAAGCAAGGCGAGGGCGAAAUCCCAGGCCUCACCGAUGUCGUCAACCCCAAGCGCCUCGGUCCCAAGCGUGCCACCAAGAUCCGAAGAUUCUUCGGUCUGAGCAAGCAAGAUGAUGUUCGCAAGUUCGUCAUCCGCCGUGAAGUCGUCCCCAAGAAGGAGGGCGCCAAGCCAUACACCAAGGCCCCCAAGAUCCAGAGACUCGUCACUCCUCAACGAAUGCAACACAAGAGACACCGAAUCGCACUCAAGAGAAGACGCGCGGAGGCUGCCAAGGAUGCUGCUAACGAGUAUGCUCAAUUGUUGGCCAAGCGUGUGCACGAGGAGCGUGAGAAGAGAACCGAGCUGAGGAAGAGACGUGCUUCUUCUCUGAGGAAGUAAGCUUAAGCUUGGGUCUUUGUCAAUUGUCAAAAAGUCACAACGGACGAAAAGCUUGCCAGGCACUCUCAGGUGUCGCACAGAUUACCGGACAUGAUGUUGGGGGCUGAAGAAUGGCUUUGGGCUAGAAACGCACACCUGGUUGUCCAAGGCACUCGGAGUGGCGGAGGGGCUUCGAGUUGUGUGCUGUGUCACCGCGCCAUUCGAUCGAUGGUAGUCACAGAUACUACAAUGCAUCAUGUGCGCCCACAAAGGUGGCAGAGAAUAGAAACUCCCCCAUACUGAAAAGAAUCGAAUCAAUUACUUUUCUUUCCUAA